GGAGGAGAAGGAGAAGGAGAAAAAAGAGGAGGAAGAGGAGAAGGAGAAAAAAGAGGUGGAGAGGAGGAGGCAGCGCUGAUGGGGGUGCCAGGCUAGGCGGAGACGGACGGGGCAUUAGCUCCAUCCGUGCCGUGGAACGGCCGCCGCCCGUACAGAAGCUGGAGUCCAAGCCUAUCUGGGACAUCGAGGUGCAAAGCAAUAGGGCACCGCGUUGAGGGGCAUCGAUUGCUGGGCAGGAUGCCAAAGGAUUUAGCAGGAUAAACGCUUUGCCAUGGGAUUGCUGCAGCCGCCGCCGCCGCCACAGCUACAGUCGCGUUUAACUCCUCCGAGCUUUGCCGGGAGAGAUCGUGGAGAUUUCUUGCCUCCAGGACCCAGGUUUUCUUCCUGAUCAGCUAGGGACCAAGGGGGCGGAGGACUGAUAUCCUCUUGGACACACCGUUCAUCUAGCAGAGCUGGGCCAGUGGUGCUCCGGGCUGGGGAGAGCUUCGGAACUAGGAGAAGCGACACCGCUUGCCUAGUCUCCCGCGAGCACAGUUCACGGACUGAGGGAGGCUCCUGCAGGGAGCCGCCGCUGGGUGUCAGUGGAAAGAGAAGUCGGCGAUGAAGGCACUGUGUCCGAGGAGGGAGCACCAGAGCGGACUCUGCUCCAGUGCACGGGGCCAGAAGGGGACCCCUUUGCUGCUACUCUUCUAGUGGGGUCAUGGAUCUCCAGCUGACAACCAACAGUACCGACUCUGGCGACCGAGGGGGAUCUUCCAACGAGUCCCUGGAGAGACAGCCCCCGAGCCAAUACUCUCCUGCAGAAGUGGCCGGCUUGGCCGCGGUGGUGAGCUUUCUCAUCGUCUUCACCAUCGUGGGUAACGUGCUGGUGGUGAUUGCCGUGUUGACCAGCCGAGCCCUGAAAGCACCCCAAAACUUGUUCCUGGUGUCCCUGGCCAGCGCUGACAUACUGGUGGCCACUUUGGUCAUGCCUUUCUCGCUAGCCAAUGAGCUCAUGAACUACUGGUACUUCGGAAAAGUGUGGUGCGACAUUUACCUGGCGCUAGACGUCCUCUUCUGCACCUCCUCCAUAGUGCACCUGUGCGCCAUCAGCCUGGACCGCUACUGGUCCGUGACGCAGGCGGUGGAGUACAACCUGAAACGCACCCCGCGCCGAAUCAAGGGCAUUAUCGUAACUGUGUGGCUCAUCUCAGCGGUCAUCUCCUUUCCUCCGCUCAUCUCCCUCUACCGGGACCCGGAGGACGACCUGUACCCCCAGUGCGAGCUCAACGACGAGACGUGGUACAUCCUUUCGUCCUGCAUUGGCUCCUUCUUCGCGCCCUGCAUCAUCAUGGUGCUGGUCUACGUUCGCAUCUACCGAGUGGCCAAGCUGCGGACACGGACGCUGUCGGAGAAGCGCACUGUGCCCGAGGGUUCUUCCCAGACCGAGAACGGGCUCAGCCGACCGCCAGUGGGGGCAGGGACCUCGACCGCCGCAGCUGCCGCCGCCUCCCUACGUCUCCAGGCUGGUGAAAAUGGGCACUAUCACCUCCACCACCACCACCAUCACCUUCACCAUCACCACCACCAUCACCAUCACCAGCUGCGCAAGAGUGCGGAGCUCGAGGACAUCGAACUGGAGGAGAGUAGCACCUCCGAGAACCGGCGCAGGCGGCGCAGCCGAGAGGAGGCGGCAGCCCGUAAGGGCAGCCGCGGCUUCUCCUUUUCUUUUUCCUCCACCAAAGGAGGCCAGUCUGCUGGUGCUGGGAGCCGCCUGUCCCGGGCCAGCAACCGCUCCCUCGAGUUCUUCUCGUCCCACAGGCGCCGCAAGCGCAGCAGCCUGUGCCGCCGAAAGGUGACUCAGGCCAGAGAGAAGCGCUUCACAUUCGUGCUCGCUGUGGUCAUGGGCGUGUUCGUCGUGUGCUGGUUCCCUUUCUUUUUCACCUACAGCCUGUACGGCAUCUGCAGGGAGGCCUGCCAGGUGCCCGAGACUCUCUUCAAGUUCUUUUUCUGGAUCGGUUAUUGCAAUAGCUCCCUCAACCCGGUUAUCUACACCAUCUUCAACCAAGACUUCCGGAGGUCCUUCAAGCACAUCCUGUUCAAAAAGAAGAAGAAGACCUUCUUGCAGUGACCCCGGUGGGCUCGGGGUGGGGCUGGGAGGAGGAGGGAUGGAGGGAGCCCCGUCGGGGAGGCUGGGCUGGACCUGAUCAGGAGGAACUGCUGUGCAAUUAGCUCAGGAAUUGGGGAAAAUGUAAGGAGAGAUUUGGAAGGACACUGGAGGUGGUGGGUGGAGGAGCAGGGAAGGAGAAUUGAAGAGGAGAGGCGGAGAAGGAAGAGAAGGAGGAGGGAAGGAUGGAAAGAAAAGGAAGAAGGAAAAGGGGAAGCCUCAGUUCGAGGUCUCCAGGAAAGCUGUCUUCAGAAGUUAGCCGGUCGGAUGCAAGUCCUCCGGACUCCGGCUGAGGGCGCACAUUGUGGGUAAGGUUUGGCCGGACCGCGAGAGCAGAGUAUAGCUAGCUGGAGAAAGGAGGGGAAAAUGAGGGCAGGGGAGAGAUUAAGGAAGAAAGGGCCGGUUUGAGCAUGAA